AUGGCUGGAAAUGAAGAAGGAAAUACAACUCAAAUUUCAGAAAUUAUCCUUUUGGGUUUUGGAGAUCUCCAUGGCCUUCAGUUUCUUCUUUUCUGGAUAUUUCUGGUCAUCUAUGUGAUGACUCUCACGGGCAACAUUGUGAUCCUAAUUGUUGUGUCAGCUGAUCAUUCCCUUCACACACCCAUGUAUUUUUUUCUUGGUCACUUCUCCCUCCUAGAGAUUGGCUACACCAGUACCAUUGAACCCAUGUUGCUGAGAACAUUGCUAUCAGCUCAUGUGACUAUUUCCUUCCCAGCCUGUGCUUGUCAGUUUUACUUUUUUGCUUUCCAGGUAGCUACAGAAUGCUUCUUCCUGGCUGUAAUGUCUUAUGAUCGUUACAUAGCCAUCUGUAACCCACUGCACUACGACAGCAUCAUGGAUCACUGGGGUUGCUUACAGCUUGCUGGUGCCUCGUGGAUGGCUGGUUUUCUGGCCCCCAUCCUCCUCAUGGUUUUUAUUUUUCGCUUAACAUUCUGUUCAGUUAACGUGAUUGAUCACUUCUUCUGUGAUUUGAAGCCCAUCAUGAAACUGACUUGCACUAACACUCAAGCAGUUGAGAUGACCUCUUUUAUAUGCACCUCUUUGUUUGCCCUCGGUCCCUUCUUGCUGACCCUGGCUUCUUAUACUUGCAUCGUCACCACCAUUCUGAGAGCUCCUUCUGCCACAGGGAAGCAGCGGGCCUUCUCCACCUGUUCCUCCCACCUGACAGUGGUCAGUCUCUAUUAUGGAACACUAGGCAUUGUCUAUGGCUUCCCAUCAAGGCCUCAGUAUAAAGACUUAUUAAAAUUGCUUUCCCUUCUGUAUACAGUGCUUACCCCUGCCCUCAACCCUAUUAUUUACACUCUAAGGAAUAAGGAUGUGAAGGUAGCUCUGAGAAAAUUGGUUAAGUGA